AUGUUACAAUCCCCGUCAUCUUCCGCCCCAGCUACAGUAGCUGUAGCCGAAGGGGUCGAUAAGACAAGAAGAUUGCGCCGAAAGAGAAAGGCAGAGACACAAGAUAAUGAACGUCUUUCUAAACGCUUGAGUCUCCUUAAUCUGGAACGGAGCGGAAACAAGUUAUACGUCCCUGUCGAGCAACCAGCAACAACCCCAAUUUCUUCUGCUGCUCCAGUUCCUACCUCUUCAAAUGCUGUUUCGAAUCCAGUGCCCGAUGAGACCAUGCAAUUAGACGAUUCGAAACAUAAAGUAUACAUCUACAACAUUGAUGACGAGCUCUCCUCCGAUAGCGAAAGCGAUGACCCGGGCAAGCUCGUCUUCUUACCAGAUAUCGAGAAGCACCUGCGCGCGAAUCGCAUCCCCCCAUCGGUACUAGCCAACAGCGAGGGAGAACUAGCCGGCAUGCAGGUAGUGCUGUAUAGUGAUCCCAAGUCGUUGACGGUGCCAGAGGACAAAGAUAGUGUGCGCAAGGCCAUCAUCGAGUCGAGAAAUCGCACAAGAGAGCUACAGCGGCUAGAAAGGGAGGGUAAGACGGAGCCCCCAACGAUACAAGACGCCACAUUGAGUACUGGUAUUGCCACGAGUACAGACGACGACCCAGACGCGAUGGACUUGGACUAG